AAAAAAUUGCCUACAGUUCCUAUGAUAGAAAUAUGGCAUUAAAUUUAACUUAAUUUAAAGGAUAUAAACAUAAUGGUGUUAAUCUUUAAACAUUUGCAGAACCAAACAUUAAACGCAGAGAUAAAAAUGGCACUCUUUUCAGUAUGAGACAAUAGAAAGAGAAGUAUUCUGUGUCUGAUGUAAUUUAGUCUGGAUUAAUAACUAUUAGCCACUUAGAGUCAGAUCCUACAAAAUGGAUUUCCCUGGGAAAACCCAUGUUUAUACAUCGCUCCCCUGCAGUCAGUGGGGCUCCACAUGGGUGCAGGGGUAGACUUGGGUGGAUCCAUUUGCAGUGUCCAGCUCUCAGUCUGCAAAAUUAGUUGAACCAACUCACUGAAAAUGUAAUGAGUUGACUUGGGGUUACUGUCACCAGCAAUUUUUUCAACAUAUUUAAAAUAGUGUACACUUCCUGUACAAGAAACUAGACUGCUUUCGAUUUUCAAAGAUAAUAUCACGCUUUAAGAGACAACUUAAACAAAUCUAAGAUACUGUAUACCAUUGUAAUGCUGUAGUUUAUGAACACACUAAAGGAAAAACAUACAAUCAGGUAGGAAAAUAAAACUACUUUAAAACACUGAUGAAGGAAAACUAGGAUUAAACAAUUAUUAAACAUUUACCUUGUACUUCUGCUGAGGGGGAAAAAAAAGGUUUUCUGAGAAAAGUGAGUUCUUAAAAGUGAGUUAAGAGAUUCAUUUUCCCAAUUGAAAAGAUUUUAUUUUUGGAUUGAUUCUUACUGCAGGAGCAUGACGAUACAGAUAAUUGGAAAUACAAACACAUACACUAACCAGCAGCAGUAGGUAUGGGGAUUAAACCUGACAGACUCAGAGUCAAAUGCUGUGCAACUCCUUUGACACUUCAAUUGAAUUACACCUGUGAAGCUGAGAGCCAAAUGUGGCCCUACUGUGUUUAGAAAACUCAUAUUGUGUAAUUCAAUCCAAGGCAGUUCAUUCAAUUAAACAUGCUGUCUAGUGACAUUAAUUUCAAUUGUGAAAUCUUUAUUACACAUUUGAUUCAUCUUGUCUCCCUUUUAUUUCUUUUUAUAAAGUGUGCUUAUGUGUCCCCACACUCUCUCCCUCUCAUACAUUAAAAACAAAGAAUUUAAACUAAUGCUGAGCAUCUAACUAUCGCUUUGUGUGUUUGACGUAUAAGAUCACCCCCAUACAGAUCAACAUUGUGGGACAGACGUCAGCAAUCUUUAAACAGAACUCCCCAUGUACUUCAGUGGGGAGUUCUGCUUAAAAACAAUAUAGUACUGUGGGAAUACCAGUGCUGAUACCACAGCCAUGGUUAUUUUCAUUUUUACAAUGUUAGAGGGAGAUUAUUUCCAUACUUUCGCAAACAGAGCUUCCGUUUAGGUUUGUUUUUAGAUUAAAACUGGUUUUAGUAGAAAAGUUAUCCUUAUGUUUAUUAAGCAUGGAGUAGCUGGACAAACUAGUGUACAGGGACCUUUUUAAAGAGUUUAAAGAUCAGGGUUCCUUUUAAAGAGUUCAAGCAAUUCAGGAAAAGGAAGGGUGAAUAAUUCUUACCCUUCUGAAACGAAGUGAGACUGUCCUGAUACUCGGCUCUUAUAACAUUACAAUUUGUAUUUAGUGUCAAUGUAUACAUUUCUUGAUUUUAUUUGAAGUGCUGACUUCAGUAUUUUCUUUAUGUUGGAAAUAAUAAGGACCUUUUUAUGUAUAUUCUGUAUGAGUUAGGAAAAGUAGAGACUUGAAACAUGCAUCUCAGAGAUGUCUUUCAAGUUGCUGGACACCAAGCCUCUCUGAACUCCUACAUUAUACUCACAUUAGGCUUAUCAUGAAAAGCUGAUAACCAGAAGGGAAGAUACAAAAGUUAAGAUCACUAUGUGGAGCUGUGACGCUUUCAACAGUACCAAGAACAGCGAGAACCAGCAUCUCUGCCAUGACUUCCAUCUGGUUCUUUUCAUCUUUUCCCUACUCUACCUCAUCAUCUGUUUUCCAGUUGGCCUUUGUUACAAUGCCCUGCUGGUCCUAGUUAAUCUCUGUAACAAAGCAUCUAUGACAAUGCCUGAUGUUUACUUUGUCAAUAUUGGAAUUGCUGGCCUCAUCAUCAGUGCCAUGGCACCAAUGUACCUUCUAGGACCUGCCAAUACAAAAUGGGCCAUCUGGAAUUUUAACAAUGAAGUUUAUAUUACAUUACUCAUUUUAUUCAAUAUUUCAUCUUUAGUUAUCAUGUACUCUACUACAUUGCUCAGCCUGGACUACUACAUUGAACGUGCUUUACCAAGAACUUAUAUGUCAAGCGUGUACAACACAAAACAUGUCUGUGGGUUCAUCUGGGGAGGAGCUAUGCUUACAAGUUUUUCAUCUCUCUUAUUCUACGUCUGCAAUCAUGUAUCCACUAAAAUAAUUGAAUGUUCCAAGAUGCAAAACAAAGAAGCAGCAGACGCCAUUAUGGUUUUUAUUGGGUAUGUCGUACCAGCUACUGCUGUACUGUAUGCAUUUGUGUUAAUUUUGCGAAUACGUAAUGAGGCUACACCACUGGACCACGACACUGGAAGAUUAGAUCCUUCAGUACACAGGCUUUUGAUUGCUACAGUCUGUACACAGUUUACAUUAUGGACACCCUACUAUGUAACUCUUUUGGUAAACACAUUUAUUAAUGCUCAAGGAAAACUUACAGAUGAGAAUUACAUCCGAGUAUUACCUUUUAUCAAGAGUGUAUCAAAAUUGUUGGCUUUCUCAAGUAGUUUUGUAAUGCCUCUACUCUACCGAUAUAUUAACAAAAACUUUCCCCACAAAUUACGACGGCUGCUUAAAAGAAUACACUGUGGAAAUCAAGGAUGUUCUCAUGAACGCACAGUAGUACAGCAAGUUAUGACGUAGGUAUGAAAGAAUCUCAUGGUGCUCAAUUACUGCAGUACUUUGUAUACUGUACUCAGUAUGUGACAAUGUUUUGUUGAUUCUUAAAGAUCACUUAUAUGGGAGCACCUAGCAAGGAGACUUGAAAAGAGCUUCCAUUAUAACUAAAUGAUUUACAGUUUAAACCUACAGAUAGUAAAAAUGGUUGCAAAAAAAUCUCUUAAGAGUCUGUCUACAUGUUAUAAUACCUGUGUUUUCCAGUAUUUUCAAUGCACUGAGUCAGUUAAAAAGCAUAAGCUUUGUCUUCACAGUUCUAAUAAUCCUGUCUGAAGAAAUCACUAAAGGGUUAAAUGAAGCCUUGAUUGAAUACACAGCACUUUGUUAUCUUAUACAGGAAAAAGAAGUAUUUUACUCUCCAUAUAAAGGAACACAACUGUUUUAAUUUUAAAAGUAGAGCUAUUCUUGGUGGUGGCAAAGACAACAUCUUUUCAAUGAAGAUGAUCUCUGUUAAAGAUCAGACUGUUCAACUAUAUGUUUUAAUAGUGAAGUGUUAAUUAUAAGUUACUUUAGUAUUUAAUUAAUUUGCUUCUUCUCCCUUCCCCAAAGAAGGGAAAAGGAACCUAAAAUGCAAUUCUAAGAAAGGAUAUUCUCAUGCAGACUUAGCUACAUUUUAAUAUCUUUGACAAAUUUUCCUAGAUGUAACAAUUAACAAACAUGCAUUUAAGUCUUCAUUGCUCUCUGUGUAUCAUAAAAACAUUUCAAUGAUUCAGAAAUAUUUAUUAACUAUUUUAAGGGAAUAAAGAGACAUUUGCCCUGCAUAUUAAAACGAAGGAUACAAUGGUUCAUGAAGUUAGAGUGAAAGUAAAAUGUACAUGGUUGAAGAAUGUUUGGCUAAGUGUUAUGGUCCACAAAAGUUCAUGUAACUAGAGUGAAUUAUUUUAAACAAAUAAAUAUGUUUCUAAUGAA